AGCUCAAGCUGACGCCGCGGUCCCUUUAAGCGUUGCCGGGGCGACAGUUUGUGUUUCGGUUCUGCUCUGCGCAUGCGCGCGGAAGACUCGUUCGGCGACUCAAACCAAACACCACGUGUCUUCGUCGUUCGUCAUGGCGCAUUACAGAGCCUCUGAGUCGAAGCGAGAGCAGUUCCGGCGGUAUCUGGAGAAGAACGGUGUCCUGGACAGUCUCACCACGGUCUUGGUGGCGUUGUACGAGGAAACGGAGAAGCCCAGCAAUGCCUUGGACUUCAUCAAGCAUCAGCUGGGCGUCGCACCCGAGGACGAUGAUGCCGAGAGUCUGCGGCUGGAGCUGAACACUUUACAGCAGAAAUAUGAUCAGCUGAUGGAGGAGAACAAAGAUCUGAGGGACAGGCUGCUGCGGUACGAGCCGGCGCAGGAGGGGACAGAAUAACAGAACUACUGCUCGACAUUUUGACAUAUUUCUUCACAUCAGUGGAAAUCUUUGAGUUUGUUCGUUUUGUCAUGUCUGACAAGUGAUUUUUUUUUUUUUUUUUUUUUAGUUCAGCAAAUUUGUGCCUUAUAUUUAAUAAACCAUUUUUUGCACUGUUCCUGAUUGUUUAGUGACUUAUAAAACUACAAACUAUAGUUCUGUUUUACAUAAUUGUACACUUGAAAACCACAAUAAAACAGCAAGGGCUUUAAUAUGAAA